AUGGGAAGAAGGUUCAAGAAUCGCAAGUUAAAAUUAUGGUAUAAAAAUUAUGACCCACUAGAUUCUAGAGAAAAACUAAUUUCUAAUGUCCCCACUGGUGUUCCGAAAGAUCAAUGGUCGUCAUUUGUGGACUAUCAUUUGAAACCAAGUUAUAAGGAGUUAUGCCGGAAGAAUGCUUUGGUUAGGAAAAAACAAACAAUUCCACACACCGGGGGAUCCAAACUGUUGUCUCGGAGAAGACAUGAGAUGGAGGAAGAGAUCGGACAUGCUGUAGGUCGAGGUGAACUUUAUAUUGCAACGCAUAAGAGAAAAGAUGGGUCAUAUGUUAAUGAAGAGGCAAGGACUACAGUGGAGAAAAUUCAUGAAGAAUUAAGUCAGAGCACUAAUUUUACUGAAAUUUCAAGAAAUGAUGCGGUUGCGAAAGUGUUGGGACCAGAGCACUCUGGUCGUGUUCGUGGUUUAGGCCUAGGUGGUCUUCCUAGUAUUGCAUUUGGACCCACCAUAGGACGAUUUAAUCAUUUAGGCUCUAUUUUCUUAAGUAUGAAUCAAGCUGAAAAUUCUCAAUUGAGAAGUGAAGUUACUACUUUGAAGACCAAGCUAGUAGCUUCUGAGCAGAAUGUCAAGACAUUGCAAACAAUAAUGCUUGCGUACAUACAAAUGAAGGAAGGACAAAUUCCUCCGGAGUUGGAUGCUUUGUUGGGUAUUGCUUCCAUUCCAAUGGAUGAAGGGAGUGAAGAAGGUAUCCCAACACCACACGGAAGCUCUUCAUUAGAUAGUAAUCUCUCUUAA